AUGAUGAGGUUCGCAGAUGGAAGACAAUGGAAUGUGGAGUACUUCGAAAGUGACCCGAACAUCACCGUGAAUGUCACCGACAAGAAACAAACCGUCUACAUCUUUAAAUCGGAAAUUAUCAUUCCAAAGAGCUCGGAAAUGAACGUGUUUGUGCCCGAAGAUCCUGAUGGUGAUUUUAUCGAGCUACCGAUUCCCGAGCGAUUCAAGACGGUUUUCAAAAAUGGAAAGCUCGAGACGACCGUUGCAAUCAUUUGU